AUGUCUGAUGAGUACGACAUAGUACGAGGCGACUCAUCGUCAAACACAUCUACAACUGGAAGCUUCGAAAACGUCAACGCCUCAGGAGUAGCCGAUCCUCCGGUUGAAGAGAAGGCUACCAAUGGCGACGUUACGGAUGAAAAAUCAACUGAUGGUGAACGAGACGAAGCAGGGGAAACGCCGGAAUGGGCGAAGUCUGACGACAUGUCUGAUGAGUACGACAUAGUACGAGGCGACUCAUCGCCAAACACAUCUACAACUGGAAGCUUCGAAAACGUCAACGCCUCAGGAGUAGCCGAUCCUCCGGUUGAAGAGAAGGCUACCAAUGGCGACGUUACGGAUGAAAAAUCAACUGAUGGUGAACGAGACGAAGCAGGGGAAACGCCGGAAUGGGCGAAGUCUGACGACGAGCUGCUAGCCGGUUCUGCUCAUACUCGCAGUGCAAUCAAAAACUUGAUCAGGUUUUCAGCUGCAAUGUUUGUUCUUCCUCUACUUACGAUGUUCACCACGUAUCACUAUGUUUUUAGAGAUUAUUUUGAUUUGCCUCCGGAUCAGGCUAUGUUGUACGCGGGAUUAUGUGGAAUCGUCGUGGAGCUGCUAGCCGGUUCUGCUCAUACUCGCAGUGCAAUCAAAAACUUGAUCAGGUUUUCAGCUGCAAUGUUUGUUCUUCCUCUACUUACGAUGUUCACCACGUAUCACUAUGUUUUUAGAGAUUAUUUUGAUUUGCCUCCGGAUCAGGCUAUGUUGUACGCGGGAUUAUGUGGAAUCGUCGUGGUCAUCCUCAUCGUGGUCGCCUUUGUUUAUGUUGCUUAUCGCGAAGAGCAAAUCGAUGUAGAGAAACUUUUAUUGAGAAAGACCGAAUAA